GCGCACCGGGAGCGCGCUUACCGGACUUAUGUGUCGCUCGAGGAGAUUUGCUCACGAAUAGGUGCCCCGUUAAUCUGCCCUGCGCGUAAACGUUGUCAAAACGCCCUCUGUCCGGUAAACUAGGACACCCUGGGAAACGGAUUGAAGUCCUUCUUCAAAUUACAGCCAAAUGGUUGCAGUUCGAACCACCCGCACGCGCCGUGCUUGAAGGGACAUCUUUACAGCCACACUCUGUCCAUCCCGCUGACGGUUUAGGAAUACAAAGUUAUGUCACUCUUAAACGACUCUUCGGGACUGGACGCAUGCUACUCGUUUUUGACAGAAACAUCAGAAUAGUUUUUUUAUUAUUAUUAUUAUUAUUAUUUUUUUUUAUGUGUACGUUUUGAGUGGCGUUGGCUUGGAUAUACACGCGCGCGUCACUUAAUUUGCACCGUUUUUUUCCCUUCAUUUUCCCUCGUGUGGAAUAUCUGAGGACUUUAUUGAACGCUCCAGGAGGAGAGAAAAAAAAAUCUGAAGAACUGCUUAGGAAAUUUUGAGGAGUUUAUUUAUUUAUGAUUAUUUUCCUUCUCAAGUACGUAUGAUAGCUGUUAGGAUGCGUGUGGUGCGAGAGUCUUCGCCGCCUCUUUUAGACCAGAAUUAGUGGAGUCCAGGAAUAGAGGCUAGAUCUGGAUCUUCUCGAUCUAGCGCACUCUCCUCGCUGUCCUUUUUUCUUUCACCCCAAAGGUUAUUUGUCUAUUUCCAUGGAAUAACAGAUCAGGAAAACGACUGAACUACAAGGUGUCUUGUUGUUGGUGUUUUCUUUUUUUUCUCUCUCUCUCUCUUUUUUUUUAUCACCGCCUGUAACUGACAGUUGGUUUAAGGUUGGUUCUUCUCCGGAGAAUGCUCAAUGAUCGAUGGGGAAUCAUGAACAGCUCACCGGAACUCGAAGACGGACAGCGGGGCAAGAAUCAGAGGAUAAGUUGUAGUUAUCUGCUAUGUACCAUCCUUCUCUUCGUGGCCGUUCUGCUCGCAGUCACCGUGACGGGAACCAUUCUUCUUAUGAACCACUACCAGGCUCCCCCCAUGUCGGAUGGCCCGCCUCAUAUUAGCACCAAUCAAGAUGAAGCCAAUGCUUUAGUGACAGUUGAGAGGGGUGAUGGAUCACGCAUCAAUAUCUUCAUCGACCCCAACUGCCCUGAUUAUAACAGUAACUUCCUGCGGCUUGAAGGUGUGCAGACAUCUUUGCUGCACUCACUCACAGACCACGAUACAGAUCUCAAGUCUGUCAAAGGUCAGGAUAGAGCACUAUUGGUCAACUUGGCAGAGGAAGUUGCUAAGCUGUCUGCUCAUGCAGGACAGCUGAAGAUGGACUAUGAGUCACUCAGAAGAGGACAAAGCAACUUGGGACAGGACCUGAAUUCACUGCAGACUGAACAGAGCAGACUUAUACAGCUGCUCUCCGAGAGCCAGAUUAACAUGGUGAAGGUUGUCAACUCUGUGAGUGAUGCUCUAAAUGCCAUGGAGAAGGAAACUGGAGGUCUGAAGGCCAGGGUGAAGGCUGACCUGCAGAGGGCGCCAGUCAGAGGAGUUCGCCUUAAAGGCUGUGCUAAUGGCUCUCGUCCACGGGACUGUAGUGAUAUAUAUGCUAGCGGUCAGAGAGAAGAUGGCAUCUACUCUGUUUUUCCCACUCAUUACCCUGCCGGCUUUCAGGUCUACUGUGAUAUGAGCACAGACGGAGGUGGCUGGACGGUAAUCCAGCGGAGGGAGGAUGGGUCUGUGAACUUCUUCAGGGAGUGGGACUCCUACAGGGAAGGAUUUGGCAAAAUCACUGGAGAGUACUGGCUUGGGUUGAAACAAAUCCAUGCUCUGUCUAUCCAAGCAAACUACGAGCUGCGCAUAGAUCUUGAAGAUUUCGAGAACAGCACAGCUUUUGCACAGUAUGGUGUGUUUGGAGUUGGGCUAUUCUCUGUUGAUCCUGAAGAUGACGGUUACCCCCUCACCAUUGCUGAUUACUCCGGCACUGCAGGAGAUUCGUUGCUUAAGCACAAUGGAAUGAAGUUCACAACAAAAGACAGAGACAACGAUCAUUCGGAGAACAACUGUGCUUCAUUCUAUCACGGAGCCUGGUGGUACCGAAACUGCCACACCUCAAACCUUAACGGGCAAUACCUGCGUGGACAGCACACCUCUUACGCCGACGGGAUCGAGUGGUCAUCCUGGACCGGGUGGCAGUACUCGCUAAAAUUCACAGAAAUGAAAAUUCGGCCAACACGUGAAGAGCGAGAAAGCAAGUAACUGCACAAAAAGAAAAAAAUUAAUGUAAGGGAAGGUUAAAAAAAUAAAAAAAGUUAAAAAGACUUAAAUAUGGGACUUACGAGACAGUGGUUGUUUCUGAUCUGAGAAAAAAAAGUCACACUGUUGUGUGGCCGUGCUGUGAGUCUUACCCUCCAUGUGAUAAUCUCUUCAUCAUCAGGCCUUAAAGUUUUUUAACAUCCAGCUGUCGGCUCUCAGCUCACCCAUGCACUGACUCGACCACUGUCAGUCAUACUGCAGUUCUGACAAAAAUGACACUGAAUCAAGAAUCCUAUUAUCUUGCCAUUAAUUAGGGAAUUAAUUAAUGGAGGACUAUAUACGACAAUGAAAUGUUAGAAUGGUUCCUUCUGUCAGCAAAGCUCCUUUUUUCUCCCUCAUAUUGUUUAACACACAGUUCAUAAGCCAAACACACAUGCCAAGUCCAGAUCUCUUCUAAGUCUUCAUGUUUGGAGAAGAAGGGUACUUCAAAAGAAGAAAGUGUGGAAAAUGGGAGGGAAAUGAGAUCAAGAGAGAGAGAUAGAGAAAGGCGUUCUAGGAGGAGAGCAGUGCAAAGGUUUCUGUGGGAGUUUGUCUCUCAUCUGUCUGACAGGCCAUUAGUGAGCAUAUUGGCCACUUUGUCUGAUCGCCAUUGCCAAGUGAUCAUCAGGCAGGCUCUUCAUCUCGCACAUACGCAGAUGGAGGCUGUUUAUGCAUGUGCGUGAGCGAGAUAAAGGGGAAAUGUAAUAUUGUCUCGUCUCCUUCCCGAGCGUAUGUUUCUGACUCGGCACUAGUUUGAGUGUUCUCGAGGAAUCUCUUUAUCAGCCCGAAAAUCUUGCUGGAGUGUGUUUACUUAGCGCUCAUUCACUCGUCAUUCGUUGAUGCAUGGCUUCAGACAACGAGCCGCCCUGCCCUACUCUAACGUGUAUAUCAGCUCAUUCACUGCCAUCUCUUUCUAGCUCAUUUUCCAAAGGUCAUACAUCUCGAACGUGAAUAUUGUGCUUCUUUCACCUUUUGUUCGAGCUGCUCCCUUCAUCUUUUGCCAUUUUUUCCCUUCUGUCUUCUUCUCAUUUGUUCUCCCUUCACUCUUCCUUCACACAUUUGGCUUGUUUUCUUUGGUCCCCCGUGGAAGUGGAAAAGGUCAACAUGUCAUUUAGUACAAUUACACUGCUCAAUGUUCUCUCUUCUGCUCUUUUUUGACUUUUUCCUUUUCUCCCACUUCUGUUUCAUUUCAUUUCAUCUCUCUCUCAGCUUAAUUAUUUUCUUUUUUUAAAUCUCCAUUAUCGUAAUGACGACGAUUUAUUUGUACUUUGCUUAAAUAUUGUAAUUUUGAAUUCAAAAAGGAGAGAUUUAUAUAUUUAACAUGAUUAACACACUAACAAAACUUUUGUUCCAUCAAUUGUUUGUUUGUUUAUGUGUAAAGACAAGCAGCUUUCAUGCUGACUUGUGAAUGAACUUGUGCAAGUACGAAUUAAUUGGGUUUUGUAAUUUUGAGUUGUUUUACUUCAUAAAUGUUCCAAGAGCUUUAAGAUAUGUGUAGAUUUCUUGUACAGUGUGUAUGUCUUAUAGACUUCUAGUGCAUGUGAAAUAUUUCCUUACAGGAAAUUGACAAAAGCACACAAAUGAAGCAAUGUAUGAUAGAAAAGAUCCUCGAUAUGUCCUGAUAAUGCCUUUUGUUACGUGACUGGUCUGGAAUGGAUCUGUUGUGUGGGACUGAAGUCUCUGGAAUGGACUCUUGUUUUUAAAUGUUAAAGUCUGGUAGGAGUGGAGUUCAAAUCAAUUAAAUGUACACCAACAAAUAAUGAGCACAUUACUUGAGAAAAUGUGUGAAGAGGACUGUAAAAGCAGCACUACAGGAUGCUGUCAAGACUUUUAAAUGGACACAAAUGAGUGCUCAUGCUUGUCCCUGGAAUCCCCUGUAAGUUUGUACCACUUUCACUACAAAGUUACCUCUGUCGUUCUGUCUUUGUUGUGUAUUUUCCCUUGUACUUAUUUUUCUUGUUCUCUCAACUCUGAUUUCCCCCCCUCCUUUCAUUCUGUGGAAUUACAUCGCAAUCAGCCUCUUUUCUGCCACCAUUUGCUUCAAAGUUAACCAUGCUGCCUGUUCAGCUGUCAAUAACAUUUCUCCAGCGUGUUGCCAUGGUAAUGAUCCCCUGGACCAUAACUAACAGGCUGAACAAAGAAUGAAGGAAAGAGAUGUUAAAUGAUGUAACAAUGUCAUGAAACCGGGUCAAGAAAAGACAAAAAGAAACCAAGACUGCACAUUAUAGUUGGAGAGAUACAAUUUGAAAUAAUUUGUAAUUAAGGGUCUCUGUGAGAAUGGGUGUGCGUGGGUGUGUGUGUGUGUGUGUGACUGAAUGAAACAGAAAAUAUACUUGUAAAGAAAAAUAGUAAAUUGUUAUUUCUGUGUAUGAUAUUUGCUCUUCAUAUUGUGCAUAUAUUUAAAAAAAUCAAUAAAUAACAUUAAUAAAUUGAUUUCUGCAAUUGCACUGCAUGGAUUUUAAGAUCGAUCUCCUGUGCAUCUUUUCUUUGCAUCCGUACACACACAUCUUUAUUUUCAACGGGAAAUCUUUCCAUCACCCUCUCCAGUUAUUUUUAAUACUUACAGGGCAUUUGCUCUCUACACAUUACACUUUUCACACAGACUCAUGGCUUGUGAUUGCUCCCUAUAUACACAUAUCCUUAAAUCUUUGCUCUAUAAAUAAGUCCUAAUUUGUUUCUGGCUGAAUUUUUAUGUGUGGUUUAAAGCAAUUGGCAACUGCCAAAGAAUAUCCUGUUCCCAUUUCCCAGUUUUAACAGGGUGUGUGUUUCUGUAUGUGUGUGUGUGUGUGUGUGUUGCUGGAUUUGUGUGUUUGCGUUUUGAAGGAGUAAAAGUGAGAGAUGGAAAAAAAAUGGCUGCAUGGAUGUGCGAGUGGAAAUGAUAGAGAGCACAUGGGAUUGCGUUAGUUUACUGCUGGAUGCACUGGUCCUGUUUUUGCUGCAGUAAUGGACACUCCCCAGUGAAGACGCCAGGAUAAGAGAUGAGCAAUAAAACUGUAACCACCUAAUGGCCAUCUUUGCUCAAAAGUGCAAAAGAGAGCGACACAAACAUUUGCAACCUUGACCAUAAUUGCUAUAGUAGAAAAUGCCAACAUUUGAUUUUUAUUUCAUGUAUUUAACUUGAAGUUGAGUCUCCAACUUGUGUUUCAACUGUGUUACCACCAUGUUAUCCAUUUUAAAUGAAUUAAUUAUUUUAAAAAUCAAAUCAGCUUUGACAUUCUUUUAAGAUGUCAACUUUUCAAGAAUCUUUUGUAUUACCUUAUGUUUCAGUAUAAAUCUUGAUUUUAAAUGUCAACGCUGUUACCAUUUUGAUGUUGUUUUUUGAAGCGAACAGUUGGUAAUGUUUGCAUUCAUAUUUGCAUUAAAUCCACUUUUUUUUAAAGAAGUACCUUAUAGAUUUGUGACCUUGAGCACAAUACUUGUAAAAUCAAAUUGCUUUUGUUACCACCGGCCCUGUUUCUGUAGGUGUGUGUGUGUAUAAAUUCUAAUAUAUUUAGAAAUAAAUAUGUGUUUAUUUAUUGAUGAAUGUUUAAAAACAACUAUUUAAAAUGUAUUUUAUUAUUAACCGGAGAGAGAAAGUGGUUGUACAGUGAAGUAGUGAGUGAAAUUUGUGUGGAAUGAUAGGUGAGGAACGGUGUGUUAACUGUACGAGCCACAUGUCAAAAUCACAAGAACAAGACAACAGUGUUCUUUAUUCUUUUCAGAUAUGCAUGCUUUCUCCUUGACAGACCAGAAGUUUUGUUGUGAUCCUGCUUUCAUAAAGGAAUAGAUGUAUCAUUCAAAACUGAAAAAACUUGAGAACUUGAACAUAUCAAACAAUUUCACACUA